GUAUCAAUACGUUGGAGGCUACCAGAACUUUCUCAUGACCGAGUUGCUGCCAAAUGCAGUGCCGAGAAACCAGAAUUCACCGUCGAGACCAGCGUAUGGACUGUACCCUGAGAUCAUCAGUGGAACUGCUUUCACGGCGCCACGAAAUUCUAAUUAUUAUACGUGGAUGUAUAGGAAAUACCCUAGUGUAAGUCAACUGAGUCGAUUGACUCGUGAUAACGAUGGUGGUGGUAGUAGUUUGUACAGGAC